AUGUAUCUCGUGUCCCUCGCUCUUGAAUAUGGCGCGCCGCUGUUUCUAAUCACGUCGCCAUUGACGUCGUACACCGACCAGAUCCUCAGUAUCCACCGCAGCAGGAGCUCGGCUGGCUUCUCGCUCGACAUCCCACUUAUCAUGCUUGUCGCCUCAAUCCUCAAGGUCUUCUACUGGUUCGGUGAUUACUACUCGCUGUCGCUCCUGACGCAGGCCAUCAUCAUGAUUGCGGUGCAGAUGGUGUUGCUGAAGGUUGCGCUGGAUAAUCGCCCGUUGGCGGGGGCAAAGAACGGCGUCGAGCACGUGCCGUUCAGCAACGUGGAUAGUGAGAAGACCGGCGCCAGACCCUAUGAUUUCUGGCAGUGGAAAAGCGCCAAGCCGUACUGGAUGUUCUUGGCGUACAUGAUUGCGGGGCUCUCGUUCAUCCAGAUCUUCCUCCCGUUCCUCGCCAAGUCGGAGCUCUAUAUCAACACGCUCGGGUACACAGGUCUGGCGGUGGAAGCGACGCUGCCGCUGCCGCAGAUCGUCUCCAACCAUCGGUCCCGGUCGUGCAAGGGGUUCCGUGUGUCGGUGCUGGUGGCGUGGAUUCUGGGAGACAUUAUGAAGCUGAGUUACUUCUUCGGUAGCCAGGAGGUGAUUCCGUGGGCGUUCCGUCUGUGUGGUAUGUUCCAGUGCGUGUGUGAUUUCUACCUCGGGGCGCAGUUCUGGAUGUAUACGCGGCCGUCCCUAUCCUCCUUCCGGGCUGCCGGCGGUCCUCGGGAGAACGGGAACUGGCAGGCAGAGAAGGAUAUCCGCAUGACUUGA